UCUAAAAAUAAAAACUGAUUCAAAAAUAAUGUAUCGAACUACUAUUUUGAAUAAAAAUAUUUAGAAUUGCCUGCAAGUAUGCACGAGAGAAAUAUCAUUCGUUUAUCGAAAAUCCGAGUUUUAGAUCGUUACAGCUUAUGUAAAGAUUAGAAAAAAUCAGGAUGGAUAUUGAAAACGAAUAACAACAUCUACAGAAUGAGUUCAGAAGACGGUUGUUGUAGAAUUAGCGUGAUAAAGGCUAUUCUCUAUGCCUACCAGUUUGUUUUUUUGUUAACUGGGAUAGGAAUAAUUGGAGUUGGAGUAUGGAAGUACCUGGAAUCGUACCAUUAUUUUACAGUAGUUGAUUUGGACAUGUACUCAUCUGUGUUAUAUAUGUUUAUCAUAACUGGUUCUCUAGUCAUUUGUGCCUUUAUUUUUGGAUUCUGUGCCAUACCAAAGAACAGAACUAAGCUUAUAUUUGUAUUUAUUUUAGUGUUGGUAUUAGUGUUUCUAUUAGAGUCCUUAGUUGCCAUAUUAGCCUACGUGUAUCAACACAGUGUCAUAGAGGAUGUCAACUCGAGAUUGAAUUCGUCUUUUCUUGAAAAUUACGAGCAAAAUGCCAAGACACAAUCCAUUAAUUAUAUACAAGAAAAUUUAAAAUGUUGUGGAGCGCAAAGCUAUACUGACUGGAAGUAUAGUAAAUGGCUAUAUGGACAUCCAGAAAUACUCAACAAAGUUCCUGAUUCUUGCUGUAAGACGGUCUCUCCGAGGUGUGGUUAUAGAAAUCAUCCAUCCAACAUUUAUUAUGCGGGAUGCGAUGAAAGGGUAAGUGAACCUUUGAAGUUCAACCUUCUACUGAUUUGCGCCGUCUCACUGGGAGUCAGUGUUCUCCAAGUGAUUGGAGUUGUUUGCAGUAUCAAGUUGUUUCUGAAAUUGGAAGCUGAAGACAGGAACUACAAUCCUCAGGUCAAUGGAAACGAAACACUUAUUCCUCCAUAAAUUUAGCCAAAAGUAAACUUAGCUAUUUAGAAAAACUGUGUUAUUGUGUCAGUUAUAGAAAUAAAAGAAUGCCUUUAUGUAAAACAUUUCCAAAAUAUUUAAAUAAAUGUAUGUUUUGGUGUCUA